AUGAUAGAGGCACUGGACGGCGAGGGAAUCGUCGGCGGCGACUAUGUGACAGACUAUAAAUUCAACUACCAGAUCUCGAUCCAGCUCGAGGACUUUCACAUGUGCGGUGGAGGUAUUAUCACCAAUCAGUACGUCUUAACUGCGGCUCACUGCGUCAUCGACGAGAAAGACAGGUUCACGCAGAGUCAACUGGUGAUUGUUGCUGGAACUCUCGAAUCUAAUAGUACCGACAGCUCGGUCGUUAAGGUCAAGAUCGAGCAGGCCUUUAUACCUAAGUAUUACAAACGAGUCAAGCCUAACAGUCCUGGACGCGAUCGCACCGUCGGUGAUAUCGCAGUUUUGAAGCUGAAAAAAGGACUUGGAUUAGAGCAUAACUCAAAGUUAGGCAAACUCAAGCUACCUCCCAAGGUAGAUGGUGACUUUAUGACCUACGAGAACGAUGUGGGCACCAUAGCUGGUUUCGGCAUACACCAUAACUGGGUCAAGAUGGGCACGGACUUGGAAAACAAUAAGACAAUAGAGGUCGCAAGUGGCGGAGAUCUAAGACUGAAGUACGCCGAGGUGAAUAUCAUAUCCCAGGAUGAGUGCAACAACAUGUUCUUCAAACCCAUUCUCGAUACUCACAUCUGCGGCACAAUCAAGCCACGCGAUCCUAAAAAUCCGGAAGGAAUUUGUACGGGUUACAGCGGUGGCCCACUGGUUUACGACGGUGACACUGUCAUAUGAAUCAUCAGCACCAGUCCGACCGGUUGUAGAGAAAACCAACACGCCGCGGUAUACACCCAAGUUUCUGCUUACGUAGACUUCAUAGAGAGAGCCAUGAAAAACACCCUGUCCACUAACGUGAAAGUCGACAAGCGGAUGCAGGUCGGCGUUUCCGAACCGAUUGCUUUUUCAGAGUCGUAAAUCUAGUCUAAUUUUUAGUUUUUAAGUAGAAUGUAUUAUUUAUAUUAAAAUUAGCACGAGAUAAAA